GAGCAGAAUGUGUGUUUCUCCGAAGUCCCGCCACCUUGGGGAGGCCCCUGAGAUUUACAAAGCAAAACAAAACUUCGGGACAGUUUCUGGGUUCCCAUCCCUUCUACCAAAUGUUCACUCUUCCUCAGGGGGAAGCCACAGCACCUACUGCAUGUUCAGGCUCAACCUCUUCUCAGGACAUGGAGAAUGGCUAUGGUGAUGUUCUGCAAGGAGAAUGCCUCAGAAAGCCAGACUGCAAUCAGCCCAAACUCUAUGGAGUGGGUGACCCCGUGGCCAUGUUCUCCUCUGACAGCUCCUGCCUGUCCUCUAGAGGAAGAGUCAUCAAAUGGUUCUGGGACUCAGCUGAGGAGGGCUACAGAACCUACCACAUGGAUGAGUAUGAUGAGGACAAGAACCCCAAUGGCAUCAUCAACCUGGGCACCAGUGAGAACAAACUCUGCUUUGACCUUCUGUCCAGGCGGCUGACACAGAAUGACAUGCUUCAUGUGGAGCCGUCUCUGCUGCAGUACCCCGACUGGAGGGGACAUCUGUUCCUCCGGGAAGAAGUGGCAAGGUUCUUGUCUUUCUACUGUAAGAGCCCGACACCCCUCAAACCAGAGAACGUGGUAGUUCUGAAUGGCUGUGCCUCUCUCUUUUCUGCUCUGGCCACAGUGCUGUGUGAGGCAGGAGAGGCUCUCUUGAUCCCUACCCCUUACUAUGGAGCCAUUACCCAGCAUGUCUAUCUCUAUGGCAACGUCCGACUGGCCUAUGUCUACCUGGACAGCAAGGUAACUGGACUGAACACACGUCCCUUCCAGCUCACAGUGGAGAAGCUGGAGAUGGCCUUGCAAGGAGUCAAUUCUGAGGGUGUCAAGGUCAAAGGCCUCAUCCUCAUCAACCCCCAGAACCCUCUGGGUGACAUCUACUCCCCUGAAGAGCUACAGGAGUUCCUGGGAUUCGCCAUGAGGCACCAGCUGCAUGUGAUCAUGGAUGAAGUUUACAUGCUGUCCGUGUUUGAAGAGUCUCUUGGGUACCGCAGUGUCCUGAGCCUGGAAAGGCUGCCUGACCCCCAGAGGACACAUGUGAUGUGGGCCACUAGCAAGGACUUCGGGAUGUCUGGACUCCGCUUUGGCAUACUGUACACAGAAAACCAGCAUGUGGCGACUGCCGUGGCCUCCCUCUGUCGUUACCAUGGCCUCAGUGGCCUGGUCCAACACCAGAUGGCACAGCUACUCCGGGACCAUGACUGGAUCAGCCAGGUGUACCUGCCAGAAAACCACGCCCGACUCAAGGCUGCCCAUACCUAUGUCUCAGAGGAGCUCAGAACCCUGGGGAUCCCCUUCGUGAGUCGUGGGGCAGGCUUCUUCAUCUGGGUUGACUUGAGAAAGUACCUUCGCAAAGGCACAUUUGAGGAGGAGGUGUUGCUCUGGCGCCAGUUUUUGGACAACAAGGUGCUGGUCUCUGGGAAGGCCUUUGAGUGCAAAGAACCCGGCUGGUUCCGGGUGGUCUUCUCAGACAAGGAGAACCGGCUCCACCUGGGGAUGCAAAGGAUGCGGCAGGUGCUUGAAAGGCAAUCUCAAGUGGUAGAAGAUACCUCUCCCUGUCACACUCAGGAGCCAAGUACCCAGCCCCUAUGAGCAGGCCAUUGCCUCACGAGCAGCCACUGUCCUCAUGACCUGGACAUGGAGGGCCACGGAGCACUGAGUGUGGAUGUGCCGUUUGUCUGUAGGAUUUUGUCUCUUGGCUUUGGCCUUGAAGAACUGUUUCCUGCCCUCCCUGCUGGCGGUUUAAACUGAUGUUUAUUCUGGGCUGUUGCUGUCCUCUAUUCAGUGGGAUUGGGACCAGCGAGAUAUCCGUGCUGUGAAUAGUGUACAGGAUGGGAAGUCGUGACUGCUUCUCACCACAGCUCCUCCCUAGGACACAAGAGUAAACAAGCAACUGUUCAUUCUU